CGAAGGAGAGCACAUCAUCUGGCACAAUGGUUACUCUCAAACUGUUCACUGCUCUCCUUCUGCUGCCUGGAAUCUUCAGCCUGCCAACACAAAGACACCUGUCAAGCAUGACUGAAGAGAAUUUAGGACCAGAAGAUGACCGUGGGAGCCAGAGAGCACACCAACGAGACUCUAUUUUUGUACCUGAAGGAAGCCAACAUAUUCUUAACUCUGCAUUAAAGAGCCCAAACAACUAUGACCCCACAAAUAUCAAAGACACGCAAAGCCAUGACACGACACAGGUCCAAAAUACCCAUGACUCAAUCAAUGAAGAACAUACCCCUUCCAAGCAUACCCAUGGCUCCACCCGUGAAGAACACACUCCUUCCUGGCAAAAUUAUGAACCCACUCAUGAAGAACACAUUCAUUCCCGGCUUACCCAUGAAUCCAACCAUGUAGAACAUACCCAUUGCAAGCUUACCCAUGACUCCAACCGUGAAGAACACACACCUUCCCGGCACACCCAUGACUCCACCCAUGUAGAAAACACCCCUUGCUGGCAUACACGUGACCCCACUCAAAAAGAACAAAGACCUUGCUCAAACACUCAUGACUCCUCCGAUGAAGAACAUGACAACAGCGAUGCACCGCAUACACCUUGCACCACAGUUACCGCCCUCUCCAGUGAUAGCACACUUUCAAGUGAAAACACUGUUAGCACACUAUCAAGUGAUAGCACAUUGUCAAGUGACACCACAGUUACCACACCAUCCAAUGAUUGCACACUGUCCAGUGACACCACAGUUAGCACACCAUCCAGUGACACCACAGUUAGCACACCAUCCAGUGACACCACAGUUAGCACAUCAUCCAGUGACAGCACAGUUAGCACACCAUCCAUUGAUAGCACCCUCACGAGUGAUAGCACCUUCUCAAGUGAUAGCACUUUGUCCAGUGGCACAACAGUUAGCACACCAUCCAGUGAUAGCACGCUCUCUAGUGAUAGCACCUUCUCCAGUGAUAGCACUUUGUCCAGUGACACCACAGUUAGCACAAUAUCCAGUGACAGCACAGUUAGCACACCAUCCAGUGACAGCACACUCUCAAGUGUUAGCACCUUCUCCAGUGAUAGCACUUUGUCCAGUGGCACAACAGUUAGCACACCAUCCAGUGAUAGCACGCUCUAUAGUGAUAGCACCUUCUCCAGUGAUAGCACUUUGUCCAGGGACACCACAGUUAGCACACCAUCCAGUGAUAGCACCCUCACUAGUGAUAGCACCUUCUCCAGUGAUAGCACUUUGUCCAGUGACACCACAGUUAGCACACUAUCCAGUGAUAGCACCCUAACUAGUGAUAGCACCUUCUCCAGUGAUAGCACUUUGUCCAGUGACACCACAGUUAGCACACUAUCCAGUGACAGCACACUCUCUAGUGGCAGCACCUUCUCCAGUGAUAGCACUUUGUCCAGUGACACCACAAUUAGCACACUAUCCAGUGAAACCACAGUUAGCACAUCAUCCAGUGACAGCACACUGUCUAGUGUUAGCACCUUCUCCAGUGAUUGCACACUAUCCAGUGACACCACAGUUAGCACAUCAUCCAGUGAACGCACACUCUCUACUGUUAGCACCUUCUCCAGUGAUAGCACUUUGUCCAGUGACACCACAGUUAGCACACCAUUCAGUGAUAGCACACUUUCCAGUGACACCACAGUGAGCACAUCAUCCAGUGACAGCACACUCUCAAGUGUUAGCACCUUCUCCAGUGAUAGCACUUUGUCUAGUAGCACCACAGUUAGCACACCAUCCAGUGAUAGGACCCUCACAAGUGAUAGCACCUUCUCCAGUGAUAGCACUUUGUCCAGUGGCACAACAGUUAGCACACCUUCCAGUGACACCACAGUUAGCACAUCAUCCAGUGACAGUACACUCUCUAGUGUUAGCACCUUCUCGAGUGAUAGCACUUUGUCCAGGGACACCACAGUUAGCACACCAUUCAGUGUUAGCACCCUCACUAGUGAUAACAUCUUCUCCAGUGAUAGCACUUUGUCCAGUGGAAUCACAGUUAGCACACCAUCCAGUGAUAGCACACUCUCUAGUGACAGCACCUUCUCCAGUGAUAGCACUUUGUCCAGUGACACCACAGUUAGCACACCAUCCAGUGAUAGGACCCUCACAAGUGAUAGCACCUUCUCCAGUGAUAGCACUUUGUCCAGUGACACCACAGUUAGCACACUAUCCAGUGACACCACAGUUAGCACACUACCCAGUGACACCACAGUUAGCACAUCAUCCAGUGACAGCACACUGUCUAGUGAUAGCACCUUCUCCAGUGAUAGCACUUUGUCCAGUGACACCACAGUUAGCACACUAUCCAGUGGAACCACAGUUAGCACAUCAUCCACUGACAGCACACUCUCUACUGUUAGCACCUUCUCCAGUGAUAGCACUUUGUCCAGUGACACCACAGUUAGCACACCAUUCAGUGAUAGCACACUUUCCAGUGACACCACAGUGAGCACAUCAUCCAGUGACAGCACACUCUCAAGUGUUAGCACCUUCUCCAGUGAUAGCACUUUGUCCAGUGGCACAACAGUUAGCACACCUUCCAGUGACACCACAGUUAGCACAUCAUCCAGUGACAGCACACUCUCUAGUGUUAGCACCUUCUCGAGUGAUAGCACUUUGUCCAGGGACACCACAGUUAGCACACCAUUCAGUGUUAGCACCCUCACUAGUGAUAGCAUCUUCUCCAGUGAUAGCACUUUGUCCAGUGGCAUCACAGUUAGCACAUCAUCCAGUGACAGCACACUCUUUAGUGUUAGCACCUUCUCGAGUGAUAGCACUUUGUCCAGGGACACCACUGUUAGCACACCAUUUAGUGUUAGCACCCUCACUAGUGAUAGCAUCUUCUCCAGUGAUAGCACUUUGUCCAGCGGCGUCACAGUUAGCACACCAUCCAGUGAUAGCACACUCUCUAAUGACAGCACCUUCUCCAGUGACAGCACUUUGUCCAGUGCCACCACAGUUAGCACACCAUUCAGUGAUAGCACACUUUCCAGUGACACCACAGUUAGCACAUCAGCCAGUUACAGCACACUCUCAAGUGUUAGCACCUUCUCCAGUGAUAGCACUUUGUCCAGUGGAACAACAGUUAGCACAACAUCCAGUGACACCACAGUUAGCACACUAUCCAGUGACACUACAGUUAGCACAUCAUCCAGUGACAGCACACUCUCUAGUGUUAGCACCUUCUCGAGUGAUAGCACUUUGUCCAGGGACACCACAGUUAGCACACCAUUCAGUGAUAGCACACUCUCUAGUGACAGCACCUUCUCCAGUGAUAGCACUUUGUCCAGUGACACCACAGUUAGCACACCAUCCAGUGAUAGCACCCUCACAAAUGAUAGCACCUUCUCCAGUGAUAGCACUUUGUCCAGUGACACCACAGUUAGCACACUAUCCAGUGACAUCACAUUUAGCACAUCAUCCAGUGACAGCACACUCUCUAGUGUUAGCACCUUCUCCAGUGAUAGCACUUUGUCCAGUGGCACCACAGUUAGCACACCAUACAUUGAUAGCACACUUUGCAGUGACACCACAGUUAGCACAUCAUCCAGUGACAGCACACUCUCAAGUGUUAGCACCUUCUCCAGUGAUAGCACUUUGUCCAGUGGCACCACAGUUAGCACACUAUACAGUGACACCACAGUUAGCACAUCAUCCAGUGACAGCACACUCUCAAGUGUUAGCACCUUCUCCAGUGAUAGCACUUUGUCCAGUGACACCACAGUUAGCACACUAUCCAGCGACACCACAGUUAGCACAUCAUCCAGUGACAGCACACUCUCUUCUGUUAGCACCUUCUCCAGUGAUAGCACUUUGUCCAGUGACAUCACAGUUAGCACACCAUUCAGUGAUAGCACACUUUCCAGUGACACCACAGUUAGCACAUCAGCCAGUUACAGCACACUCUCAAGUGUUAGCACCUUCUCCAGUGAUAGCACUUUGUCCAGUGGAACAACAGUUAGCACACCAUCCAGUGACACCACAGUUAGCACACUAUCCAGUGACACCACAGUUAGCACAUCAUCCAGUGACAGCACACUCUCUAGUGUUAGCACCUUCUCGAGUGAUAGCACUUUGUCCAGGGACACCACAGUUAGCACACCAUUCAGUGUUAGCACCCUCACUAGUGAUAGCACCUUCUCCAGUGAUAGCACUUUGUCCAGUGGAAUCACAGUUAGCACACCAUCCAGUGAUAGCACACUCUCUAGUGACAGCACCUUCUCCAGUGAUAGCACUUUGUCCAGUGACACCACAGUUAGCACACCAUCCAGUGAUAGCACCCUCACAAAUGAUAGCACCUUCUCCAGUGAUAGCACUUUGUCCAGUGACACCACAGUUAGCACACUAUCCAGUGACAUCACAUUUAGCACAUCAUCCAGUGACAGCACACUCUCUAGUGUUAGCACCUUCUCCAGUGAUAGCACUUUGUCCAGUGGCACCACAGUUAGCACACCAUCCAUUGAUAGCACACUUUCCAGUGACACCACAGUUAGCACAUCAUCCAGUGACAGCACACUCUCAAGUGUUAGCACCUUCUCCAGUGAUAGCACUUUGUCCAGUGGCACCACAGUUAGCACACUAUACAGUGACACCACAGUUAGCACAUCAUCCAGUGACAGCACACUCUCAAGUGUUAGCACCUUCUCCAGUGAUAGCACUUUGUCCAGUGACACCACAGUUAGCACACUAUCCAGCGACACCACAGUUAGCACAUCAUCCAGUGACAGCACACUCUCUUCUGUUAGCACCUUCUCCAGUGAUAGCACUUUGUCCAGUGACAUCACAGUUAGCACACCAUUCAGUGAUAGCACACUUUCCAGUGACACCACAGUUAGCACAUCAGCCAGUUACAGCACACUCUCAAGUGUUAGCACCUUCUCCAGUGAUAGCACUUUGUCCAGUGGAACAACAGUUAGCACACCAUCCAGUGACACCACAGUUAGCACACUAUCCAGUGACACCACAGUUAGCACAUCAUCCAGUGACAGCACACUCUCUAGUGUUAGCACCUUCUCGAGUGAUAGCACUUUGUCCAGGGACACCACAGUUAGCACACCAUUCAGUGUUAGCACCCUCACUAGUGAUAGCACCUUCUCCAGUGAUAGCACUUUGUCCAGUGGAAUCACAGUUAGCACACCAUCCAGUGAUAGCACACUCUCUAGUGACAGCACCUUCUCCAGUGAUAGCACUUUGUCCAGUGACACCACAGUUAGCACACCAUCCAGUGAUAGCACCCUCACAAAUGAUAGCACCUUCUCCAGUGAUAGCACUUUGUCCAGUGACACCACAGUUAGCACACUAUCCAGUGAUAUCACAUUUAGCACAUCAUCCAGUGACAGCACACUCUCUAGUGUUAGCACCUUCUCCAGUGAUAGCACUUUGUCCAGUGGCACCACAGUUAGCACACCAUCCAUUGAUAGCACACUUUCCAGUGACACCACAGUUAGCACAUCAUCCAGUGACAGCACACUCUCAAGUGUUAGCACCUUCUCCAGUGAUAGCACUUUGUCCAGUGGCACCACAGUUAGCACACUAUACAGUGACACCACAGUUAGCACAUCAUCCAGUGACAGCACACUCUCAAGUGUUAGCACCUUCUCCAGUGAUAGCACUUUGUCCAGUGACACCACAGUUAGCACACUAUCCAGUGACACCACAGUUAGCACAUCAUCCAGUGACAGCACACUCUCUAGUGUUAGCACCUUCUCCAGUGAUAGCACUUUGUCCAGUGGCACCACAGUUAGCACACCAUCCAUUGAUAGCACACUUUCCAGUGACACCACAGUUAGCACAUCAUCCAGUGUCAGCACACUCUCAAGUGUUAACACCUUCUCCAGUGAUAGCACUUUGUCCAGUGGAACCACAGUUAGCACACUAUACAGUGACACCACAGUUAGCACAUCAUCCAGUGACAGCACACUCUCAAGUGUUAGCACCUUCUCCAGUGAUAGCACUUUGUCCAGUGACAUCACAGUUAGCACACCAUUCAGUGAUAGCACACUUUCCAGUGACACCACAGUUAGCACAUCAGCCAGUUACAGCACACUCUCAAGUGUUAGCACCUUCUCCAGUGAUAGCACUUUGUCCAGUGGAACAACAGUUAGCACACCAUCCAGUGACACCACAGUUAGCACACUAUCCAGUGACACCACAGUUAGCACAUCAUCCAGUGACAGCACACUCUCUAGUGUUAGCACCUUCUCGAGUGAUAGCACUUUGUCCAGGGACACCACAGUUAGCACACCAUUCAGUGUUAGCACCCUCACUAGUGAUAGCACCUUCUCCAGUGAUAGCACUUUGUCCAGUGGCAUCACAGUUAGCACACCAUCCAGUGAUAGCACACUCUCUAGUGACAGCAACUUCUCCAGUGAUAGCACUUUGUCCAGUGACACCACAGUUAGCACACCAUCCAGUGAUAGCACCCUCACAAAUGAUAGCACCUUCUCCAGUGAUAGCACUUUGUCCAGUGACACCACAGUUAGCACACUAUCCAGUGACAUCACAUUUAGCACAUCAUCCAGUGACAGCACACUCUCUAGUGUUAGCACCUUCUCCAGUGAUAGCACUUUGUCCAGUGGCACCACAGUUAGCACACCAUCCAUUGAUAGCACACUUUCCAGUGACACCACAGUUAGCACAUCAUCCAGUGACAGCACACUCUCAAGUGUUAGCACCUUCUCCAGUGAUAGCACUUUGUCCAGUGACACCACAGUUAGCACACUAUCCAGUGACACCACAGUUAGCACAUCAUCCAGUGACAGCACACUCUCUAGUGUUAGCACCUUCUCCAGUGAUAGCACUUUGUCCAGUGGCACCACAGUUAGCACACCAUCCAUUGAUAGCACACUUUCCAGUGACACCACAGUUAGCACAUCAUCCAGUGACAGCACACUCUCAAGUGUUAGCACCUUCUCCAGUGAUAGCACUUUGUCCAGUGACAUCACAGUUAGCACACCAUUCAGUGAUAGCACACUUUCCAGUGACACCACAGUUAGCACAUCAGCCAGUGACAGCACACUCUCAAGUGUUAGCACCUUCUCCAGUGAUAGCACUUUGUCCAGUGACAUCACAGUUAGCACACCAUUCAGUGAUAGCACACUUUCCAGUGACACCACAGUUAGCACAUCAGCCAGUGACAGCACACUCUCAAGUGUUAGCACCUUCUCCAGUGAUAGCACUUUGUCCAGGGACACCACAGUUAGCACACCAUUCAGUGUUAGCACCCUCACUAGUAAUAGCAUCUUCUCCAGUGAUAGCACUUUGUCCAGCGGCGUCACAGUUAGCACACCAUUCAGUGAUAGCACCCUCACUAGUGAUAGCACCUUCUCCAGUGAUAGCACUUUGUCCAGUGACACCACAGUUAGCACACCAUUCAGUGAUAGCACCCUCACAAGUGAUAGCACCUUCUCCAGUGAUAGCACUUUGUCCAGUGACACCACAGUUAGCACACCAUCCAGUGAUAGCACACUCUCUAGUGACAGCACCUUCUCCAGUGAUAGCACUUUGUCCAGUGACACCACAGUUAGCACACCAUUCAGUGAUACCACCCUCACAAGUGAUAGCACCUUCUCCAGUGAUAGCACUUUGUCCAGUGACACCACAGUUAGCACACUAUCCAGUGACACCACAGUUAGCACACUAUCCAGUGACACCACAGUUACCACAUCAUCCAGUGACAGCACACUCUCUAGUGUUAGCACCUUCUCCAGUGAUAGCACUUUGUCCAGUGACACCACAGUUAGCACACCAUUCAGUGAUAGCACCCUCACUAGUGAUAGCACCUUAUCCAGUGAUAGCACUUUGUCCAGUGACACCACAGUUAGCACACUAUCCAGUGACACCACCGGCCAAACGAUCAAGCAGCACGUCUACAAGGAGAACCUCAAGCGUUUGCUUGGUUUCUGUGAGCAAGAAGAGGCGGGAGUUCUGGCAGGAGAACCAGUGGAUUAUUUACCAUGA